ACCGUGUGUUUACUUCCGGCCGCCCCAGUGCGCGAGUGUCAGGCUGAGGAGGGGACCCGGCGGCCGCCCUGUCCGCGCCGCUCAGCCGGAGCCGGGCAGCGGCGGAGGGAGGAAGCGAGCGAGCAAGCGACCGGGGGAGGAGCAGCCCGGCCCCCCCGCGCCCGCAGCGGCGGCGGCCCUCAUGAGCGGGCGGUGAGAGGGGAGUCGGCGGUCGGCGGGAGCUUCCCGGCGCGGCGGGACCCAGCCAUGGACUGGCUCAUGGGGAAGUCCAAGGGAAAGCCAAACGGUAAAAAGCCAGCACCGGAAGAGAAGAAACUUUACCUAGAGCCAGAAUACACAAAAUCCAGAAUUACUGACUUCGAAUUUAAGGAGCUAGUGAUGUUACCACGAGAAAUAGACCUCAACGAGUGGCUAGCCAGCAACACAACAACUUUCUUUCAUCACAUCAACUUACAGUAUAGUACAAUCUCAGAAUUCUGUACAGGAGAGUCAUGUCAGACCAUGGCAGUGUGCAAUACACAGUACUACUGGUAUGAUGAGCGGGGAAAGAAGAUCAAGUGCACUGCUCCUCAGUAUGUUGACUUUGUCAUGAGUUCAGUGCAGAAACUAGUGACAGAUGAGGACGUCUUUCCAACAAAAUACGGCAAGGAAUUCCCCAACUCCUUUGAGUCCCUAGUGAAGAAGAUCUGCAAGUACCUGUUCCAUGUGCUGGCCCAUAUCUACUCCUCACACUUUAAGGAGACUUUGGCACUGGAGCUGCACGGACAUUUAAACACACUCUACACACACUUUAUCCUAUUCAUCAGGGAGUUCAACCUCGUGGACCCUAAAGAGACCACCAUCAUGGACGACCUCACAGAGGUCCUCUGCAGCAGCAGUGGGAGCAGCAGUAACGGGAGCGGCAACGGGAGCAGCAACAGCGCAGGAGCACAGAACCACGUGAAAGAGAGAUGAGCCCUCCUACAAGAUCAAAACUAACAUUAAAAACAAUAUCUAUUCUGUGUGUAUGUGUAUGUAUACAUUCAGAUAUACAUACAGACAUAUACAGCAAUGAAAGCUGAAAGAAAUUAUGCUGCCACCACAGGACGUGUAGCCGUAUGGAACUGUAUGGAGCUUUGGUUUAAUGCGCCACCUGGCGAGAAGUUGCACCAAUUUUAUUUUAUUUUCUGUCCACUCCUCCUUUUACUGAUGCAGAUGGAUGAUGAGUGCUGUUUUUAGAGAAGAGCCAAGCUUAAGAGUGGGGCCACUCUUGGGUUUUUUUGGUUGGUUUUUCAUUUAUUGUUUGGUUGGUUUUUUGUUUUUCUUUCUCUGGUCUUGAGUGCAAGCCCUUCGUCUUUCUAGGAUGGUGGUCCUGCCAUUUAAAAAAAUAUCUAUUAUAUUAUAAGAAGUGACUUUUACUUUGAAGUGGCUUAAAAUGCAGGUUUGUUUGGGGUGGUUUUUUUCGGGGGUGGGGGUGGUUUUCUGGUUUGGUUUUACAUAAACUGCCCCCUACCCUGCCAAAAACUCCCCAGUUGAGCGCAUCUUGCCCUUUGUUAGCUUGGAACAGGAAGAAACUCCUGGCUUGACUAGAGUAGCAACUAGGGGCUUGCUAUGUGCUGAAAGUGGGCAUGAUUCCCCAGUUGUCCCAUCUACCUGGUCACAACACAUAAACGUGCAAGAGGAUCCACAAGCCUUUCUGCUUAUUGCUCCUACAACAUAUAUACUCUUUUCUCUGCUCCCCUGCCUCCUCUUUUCCCAGGCACACCUCUCCAAAUAAAAAGAGUAAGAUCACUGGAGUCCAAACCCCAUGUGCAAGAGCCACCACCAUUUGCUUCCCAUGGAACAGAGGCCCGGGGAGGGGGGAGAAGGGUACAAUGAGUCAGUCACCGCCUGUGCUAGAAAGAUGGCUGUUGGCAUAAAAUUAUAUUGUUGGCUUAUUUUAGUUCAUCUGUUCUAUAAUAAUAAAAACAAAUCUAUCAGCCAUAA